AUGGCUUCCCUAACGAGCUUCGACCUUGAAAAGCGAAAGCGACUACCAACCCUCUUUGAAGUUCUUAGUCGAUACACCCUCGCCCCUGUCGAUCUGUUCUCAUUUUACAUUUACAUGCGAGACCAACAGCGCUCGGUGGACUACUUAGAUUUCUGGCUCGAUGUCUCACAGCACAUGUCUCUUUGUCGGCAUUAUGUUCGAGAGCUACGCCGCUCUGUUCUUAUAGCGACACCUGAAGGUGGCAGCAGACCCUCAUCAACUAUCCUUGAGAACAUUCCAGAUAUUCCAGUCGAGGCUGGCCCAUCCGGCUAUCAUGCAGCCUCAAACGAGAAAGAUGCGGACUCGCGGCUUUCCGCUUUCUUACGCUCUGAGAACCCAGCGCAGCCUUCCCCCCCAGAAAGCGGACACUCGGAAAAACAUACACCUGAAGAACGACCGCCUCGUCCAAGCUUUAUGAACUCGACACCUGAAACCCGCUACGACUCAUCAAACUCUCCCGGUCAUACUGUGACGCGAACGGACAUUCGACGAAGCGCAGAGAAAAUCUUGUAUACGUAUCUGAUUCCCGAUUCAGAGCGUGAGAUUGUUCUACCUCCAGAGAUGCUCACUUCAAUCAUUGACAUGGUCGAACGUGAUGCCCGUGACGAUCCGGAAGUGUUUGAUCAAGCCAAAGACUACGUCUUCCAAGCAAUGGAACGAGACGCUUUCCCGGGAUUUUUGCAGGCCAAGGCUCUCGGAAAUCUUGUACCUCUGAGUAUCCUAGCACGCCUAGCAUUCGGUUUAAUCAGCUUUCUGGGAGCGUUCUGGGCGUCGUUCUAUGUUGUCUUGACAGAUAAAUCAAGGACAACACGAUGCUGGGUUAUACUUCCAUUCGCGGUGGCAUCCUACUUUAUCACAACAUACCAAUACAAGAUCGACCCAUUCAUGGCGCUUCUAGGAUUCAGCGAGUAUACUUUCAUGAACUGGCAGAAGAUACAAGAGCCAUACGUCGGUUCUCUUCUCACCCAGCGCGCUUUAGUCACUCUGGCUUACGCCUUCCUUUUCGCCGCUGCUUUGAGUAUACUCUUUAUCUUUGUGCCGGGUACUUAUCUUUAA